AUGAAAUAAAUAAAAUAAGUAAAAAAGAAAUGUGGAGAUUUAAUUAUUACAUGUGAUGUGAGUGAUAAUGGCUAUAAAUUAGAUUGGAAUACGUGCAAAUAUUCAUGUCCAUUGAAUUUUAGUGAUGCCAAUUUGAAAAUGGAAAUAAUGUUUGUUUGCCAAAAUAUGAAUUAAUAGAUGGGUAGUGUAAAUAUAUUUGGGAUAGAUCUAAGAGUUAGGAAGAUUAAAAAAAUAGAAGUUUUUAUAAAAGAAUAACCAAUUGAUUGA